UGCUAUAGUUGUAACAAGGGCUCAUGACAAAGGACAUGGCUAAGCGAGCUAAGCGAGCCAAGUCAACAGGGAGUCAUGCUCUCCGAAUUCGCAGAGAUUCCAGCCGCAACGAACCAUCUCUCACGAUGGUAUGGGGAAUAUAACUAGCCUACAACGCAAUCAACUAAGAGCUAUGGACUGCUCAGCAUCUCCAUCCCCAAUAGUACUGCUGCGGGAAGGCUACAGCAACGAAGAUAUCAAUGACUACGAGAUCGAUAGCCGCGAGGUGGAAUGUGGCGCGGGAAGCUAUGGCAGUGUGAGGCUAGGCGUAUACAGGGGACAAGCAGUGGCAGUCAAGAGCUACAACCGAGGUGUUUCAGAGAGCAGCAUCCGAAGAGAGGUCGAAGUGAUGCGGUCACUCAAAGGUGAGUCCCGCGUCGUCCAGUUUCUCGGCCGCGUCCAAACGGGGCUGGAUGAUGAUCGCUGCAUUGUCAUGGAGCUCGCUUACAACUUAUCGCUCAGGGCGUUGCUGGAUGCGAGCGGCCAAAGCUUGUCGGGCCGUCUCAAGGUGGUGAUUGCCAGGGAUUUGUGUGGCGGCCUUUGCAGCCUGCACGGUAGAGGCAUUGCUCACGAGGAUGUCAAGAGUGACAAUGUGUUGCUUGACUUUGGGCUGAGGGCCAAGCUGUGUGACUUUGGCACCGCAAGACAGAUGGGCGACAAUGACUUUGGGGAGGUACUCGGCACACCGGCUUUCAUGGCACCCGAGAAACGGGCUGCUCCUCCUGGCAGUAUGUACCAUCGCUUGGCCUCUGACAUCUACAGCCUUGGCCUUGUGCUGCAAGAGCUCCUCGGCGACGUUGAAAUCGUAAUCCAGUGUUUGGCUUCCUGCCCACUCGAAAGGCCCAGCUGCGAUGAGGUCCUUGAUGCUCUUGACCAUCUUUACUCCAGCGAUGAUCGUGAUUUCGAUAGCUUUAAAGGUCUGCUUGAUCAUGCCAUUGGGGAGGCGGAGAGGGUCAACUUGGCGUGUUAUUGGACCGACACUUUCCUUGAGAACGAAGAAGGCGACAACGCCGACCUCAUCCGCCAGGGCAGGAUGCUUUUCUAUCAACAACGAAACGAGGAGGCAUUUGACGUGUUUACCACGUCUGAAAGCGCAGUGGCCAAGCUCUUUCUGGGUAUCAUGAACUUCCAUGGCUACGGAUGCCAAAGAAACUGGGAGGCAGCAUUGGAACUGUUCAAGGACUGCCUUGUGAUGCUCGAAGACGAGAUCGGUGUCAACAUGUUGAUGAGCGCCCUUGUGGACUACUACUUGGCAAUGAUACAAACCAGGAUGGGAAUUGGUGAUGCAAUACAGCAUCUAGCAGAGCUUUCUAGCCGGGGUAACGCGUAUGCUCAAGUGGAGUUUGCCAACGUAUAUAGUUUGCGGAGCGGAAUGUUUAGCUCUUGUCUUGAGUUUGCUCCCACGGUCAAUGGCAACCACAGGAACGUACUCGAUCUUCUCUUGAAAGCAGCCAAGACGGGAUAUGCACACGCACAGGCACUUCUAGCACUCUUCUACAUGGCCGUCAACCCGGGUUACCGCGAGCUUCCUGCCAAAGAGAUGGAGUUUCUGGAGAGGAGCGUCGAGGGUGGGAGCCUCUUGGGGAGAAUCCUCAGGAGUGUUGUCAAAGGCACGAUUGACAAGGCAGGGCUCUUGGCUGAGUCGAGAAACGGCGCACUGCUUGAGUUCAUUGGCGACUUGUACAAGCUGAGAUGUGAGAACACGGAUGCAAUUGACUUCUACACUGCAGCCGCUAAUUUAGAGAGGAUGACUUCCGGCUGGGCCAGGUUGAGCUGCAUGAAAGCUUUAAUCCUCAAUACAAGGAUUCACCGGGAAGGGAAAGGACGUCUCGCGCUGAACUCUAUUUGCAUAAGGCUCAGAACUUUAUUGAGCAAGAGGUUCAACUCGACUUCCGAUGACGAGCUACUGCUGUUUUUUCGAAUGAAUCGUCACAAGUCGACAGUAGAGUAUGAUCUUAUGGAUGGUCUGCUCGAGCUGGGAGAAGAAGAAGUGGUAAUGAGGAUAUUCAGGCAAUCAAGAGAUGUCAGCAUCAAGGCUAUGAACGCUCUCUUCAAUAUGUCGGCCAAAUUCCAUUCAGACGAGUGGCACCAGAUACUCGCAGAGAAAAGGCAGUACAUGGAGCCAAGUGUCGUCACAAAAAUCGGUGCUCUCUAUCGAAGGAGGCUCCAAGAUGAACGCAAGGCAAUGGAAUGGUGGCGAGCUGCCGCCGAAGCGGGCGAUGCCGAGGCCCUGAGCAUGCAAGCGAUGGAGUUCUCCCAGAAUGGAGACAAUGACAUGGCAGUCCGCCUGUGGGAGCAGGGAGUUUCAGCUGGCAACGACACCGCAAUGCUGCAGCUUGCCAUUUGCGGGGGCGUGGGCAGGGAACGCAAGCUCCAGCUGCUGCAACGAGCCGUGGAUCUCGGCAAUUCGCUAGCCAUGGUGGAGCUGGCGGGCAUGCUGCGUUAUCGAGGAGAUUUGGCUGGGGCCGAGAAGCUACUGAAACAGGCUUUGCUCCAUGGUGCAGAAAGAGCAGCGUCGAUGCUUGCGUUCUUACUCGUGCAGAAGAAAGGUCAGUACACAAGCGAGGCCGAGUACUGGUUUCGGCGAUCACUCUGGAGCUUGCAUCCACAAGUGUGCUACCAAGCGGGUGCUGGUUACCAAGACAAAGACGGGGAGGAGCUGAUCGAGCUUGUUUCCAAGUCUGCUGACAAGCUUGACGCUGAAAGCCUCUUUAACAUGGGAAUGCUAGUGGCCUCCAGAACCGGACUGAAGCAAGUGUCCAUGCAAGCCUACAACUUUUUUGCCAUGGCUGCCGAGAAGAAACGCCACCGCCAAUCUGCUGCGGUCUGCUUCCGCUACUGCUACGCCCUGGGUGACACCCAAGGGGUCGAAAAGUGGAGGAAGUUCCUUGGGGACAAAGAUCUUGAACGAGAUGUUGAGAUGGCCAGAAGUUGGAAGGAGUCACUGGAGAAGGAAAAACACUAGGGAUAAAGUGUGAGCUGAAC